UGGAAGUGUUGUAUCCGGCCGUCCAGCUGGCUACAGGUCGCAAAUUAUCUUUGCUUCCCGCUAUGGUGGCCGAUAUUCAUAGUGGAUUGCGGCAACUAAUCUCCGCAUUUACCCAGGAGAAAAAGAAACCUUCCGCCAGCCUGUCCGUUCCGAAGCUGGAGCUGCCCUAUACUUACUUAAUGGCCUGGUUGGUACUUCAUCGACCAGAUUUAAUGGAGGCUCCUGAUACGGUAGAUCUCAGUGUCCCUCUGUUGCAAAAUCUCGAGAAUUGCAAAUGGAGCAAACAUCGAGAGCCGGACAUAACGAGGCAGUUUAAAAUUCACAAAUGUUGGGAAUUUUUUCCUUGCUUCCCUCAGUUCUCCGGUACUUACAACACUACCUUAGUGGAUGCUGAAGACCCAAGGCAGAAUCGUACCAUCUUGGAUGUCGGGUGCUUCAGAUGGUUGAUGAAUAUUCGACCUGGAUAUCUGUUGUUCAGGAUAAGGGAUGUUUGCCACAUCGAACCCUAUCUUCCAUGUCGAUUCGCCCGUCAGUUCGGGUAUGAUCAGAUAUACAUCGGCAACCCGAAUCGUCACCUCAGCUUUCGAGGUGGACUUAUCGACGGGGCGAGAGCUUGGUUUUGGAGCAUUGCCGGCUGCACCAAUGUUGAAUUUGAUCUCCCCUUAGAGACGCCGCCUCUACGGAUGACUUUCCUCUUUUGCAAAUGGCUGAUAGCCACCAAUAUUGCCACUCGACGUAGGAGGAUAUCAGACUCAGAGGAGGAAAUAGCUCCACGACAAGCAACAGAACCGCCUCGUGAAGCUGUGAUGUCGCCUCGAGGAAAAGAGGCUGCUGAAUCAUCAAGGAAAGGAAAGGAACCGGCUCUCCCAGUUGAUAGUGAAGAGGAGUUUGAUAGUGAAGCAACCGAAACUUCAGAAGGGGAAGACGAGAAUGAAUCAAGUUCUGAGGAAGUAUCUGGCCUUCCCGAUUCAUUCUUUGAUAGAGGACUUGUAAGGCCUUCUGUCGCUCCGACCCAACCACAAGCUGCUCCAAAGAAACGUAAGGAAAGAGUCGUCAUGGAACAUCCUAACCGGAUGACGGUAGAAGUUCUUAGUUGCGACGAAGAGGAUGAAGAGGAUAUGGUGCCUCUCAUUCGUCGGCAAAUAUCUCGAACUUCUACUCAAGCUCAAACUCAAGUUUCUCCCCGAGCUGAGUUACGCACCAAACAUCGUCAUGAAGGUUCUGGUGCACGCCCUCUGAAGAAACAGAAGAAAGCUGUUUCUAAACCGCGCGUUCAUCUUCCUGCUGUAGAAGAGACAUCCGGUCGUAGUGUUUCUUCUGAUGAACAAGGUAGCGAUUUGUUUUUAUAGCUUUUACACUUUUUUGAUGUUCAAACUUAUUUCAUGUUCAACUUCUGCAGGGAGUCGAGAGGAAGGAGAAUUGCCAGCUGAUGCUGCUUCUCCCGGAGGUAUGGAAAUUGAGGAAACAAGCUUCGUCCAACAAAUGCAUGAUGCUCUGAAGGAAGGAUCGGCUGAUGUUCCACCCACUCCUGACGUUGAUCCAUCAGCUGCGGACACAGUCAAAUUAAAAGAAGCAGGUACCAGUAGUGGAGCUCUCGAAUCAGCCCCGACCAACGAAGAUGUCACAAUGCACGAAUCUGUUGGAGGAGAGACCACGCAUACAACAGAGGUCGAGGAAUUCAAUGAACAUCACCUCGAUUUCAAUCUCUCUGAAGGCGACCAUGAGUAUAUCUCCGACUUAUUAUCGGGGAAAACUCCUGGUGCAGCCACGGAAUCCAGUGUUGGAGUCGGUUCAACAGAAGCAGGACCAGUUACUGGAACUGAUACUACUAUCAUCACCGAAACAUCUGAACAACCGGAGGAAUCUCCUCUUAAAGAGUCUCUUAGUUUGGACCCGCCGUCCUCUGAGACUUUAGUUGAAAAAGUCCCUGAUGUAGCGGGUGCAUCAACAGCUACCAUUCCUGAACCAAUCUUGACUGUUCAGGAAUCCAGAUUAUCAUCCUUGAGCGAACCAAGUCAUGCUGAAGGUUCUUCCGUCGAAUUUGGUAUGCUUUAG